UCACGGAUUUGAGUGACAAGUAAUCGCUUACAAUAUCGUGACACAGUUUGCCCGUGUAAUUCUGAUGUGACCGUGCUUUUGUAUCUUCGAACAGAUGUUCAAGACAGCAUUUUUAGUCGCCUUCGUAGCGACGAUCGCCGCCAAUGUUCAGGCUGAGAAAAAGGUCGUUUGCUACUUCGGUAGCUGGACCGUUUAUCGUCCAGGCAACGGAAAGAUCGAGAUACAGGACAUCAACCCCAACCUUUGCACGCACAUGAUCUACAGUUUCGUUGGUCUUAACACGGAUGGCACCAUCAAGAUCAUGGAUGCUUGGGCCGAUUUAUCUGACGGUGGAGGCAAAAACGGCUUCGGCAAGUUCGUUGCUCGCAGCAAACAGGGCGGUGCCAAAGCUAUGAUCGCGAUCGGUGGCUGGAACGAGGGCUCUGCCAAGUAUUCCCAGGUAGUUGGCAACCCGGAACUCCGGUCCCAGUUCGUUCGGAACGUGGUCAGCUUCCUGCAACGGUACAAUUUCGACGGUUUCGACGUCGACUGGGAGUAUCCUAACCAGCGCGGUGGCCAAUGGAGCGACCGAGAGAACUUUGUGGCUCUGUUGAGGGAGCUGAGACAGGCUUUCGAUAGCCACGGUUACACCCUCAGCGUGGCCGUUGGCGCCGCCGAGAAGUCUGCUUCUCAGUCCUAUAUCAUUAAUCAAGUGGCUGAGUAUGUUCACUUCAUCAACUUGAUGACCUAUGACAUGAACGGAGCCUGGGACAAUUGGGCUGGUCUCAACGCCCCGCUCUAUGCUGCCACUCGGGAAAAAGGAGAGCAAGCUAAACUCAACGUUGACGCUUCCGUCCAUUACUGGCUCUCUCAAGGUGCUCCCGCUGACAAGCUCGUUCUUGGUAUUCCAUCCUACGGACGAACCUUCACUCUGGCGAACCCUGGUAACAACGAUGUAGGCGCUCCAACGUCUGGUCCUGGAGCUGCUGGCCCGUACACCAGAGAGGCGGGCAUACUCGGCUACAACGAAAUUUGCGAAUCUCUUCGCCAAGGUGGCUGGAACGUUCAUAGAGAACCCCAGCAGCGUGUGCCUUAUGCUGUCAAGGGCAACCAAUGGGUUGGAUACGAUGAUGUCGAAUCCGUUCGCGAAAAGUGUAACUACGCCAAUAGUCUGGGUCUCGCCGGUGGUAUGAUGUGGAGCGUUGAAACAGACGAUUUCCGUGGUACCUGUGGACAGAACUACCCCCUUUUGACUGUUAUGAACGAAGUUCUGAGGGGUAGCGAACCAAGUAAUCCUCAACCACCGCCUAAUACAUCCACAACGUCAAAACCUACGCCAGUACCUACCACAAAACCGCCUAGUCCACCGGCGUCAGGGAUCUGCCAGAAGGAAGGAUUUAUUCGCGAUCCUAAUGACUGCUCCGUUUUCUAUAAUUGCGUGAAUGUGAAUGGAAAAUUGGUGGAAUACAGGUUACAAUGUCCAGACGGCCUCGCCUUCGAUCCGAAUAUCAAUGGCUGCAACUACAGGGACCAAGUACCGGGCUGCUGAACCGUGCAAUUCAAAUAAAUCGACUGUUCCACGGAACAAUUUUUGUGAUAUGCACAUUUUGUAACUUGCGAAUCGUUUUAAUAAAAAAAAUUGUAUAAUAAUAUCUUUAA